AUGUUGGCUUCGGUUCUCGAGGAUGGAGAUUUGAUGGCUCCGGAGUAUCGAAGCUUGAUGAUCGUUGUCAAGAAAUUCAUAACAAUGCUCUUCAUAGUUUGCUUGAUUCUCACAAAGCUGUUCACAAUCACAUACAUCUUAUCAUCAUUUGGAGAAGAUAAACAACUCAUCAAAAUUGAGACACAUUUAAGUGUCUUUGGAGUCCUGUUCCUUAUUCCUAUUUGUUAUUGCAACUUUUUGGUGAGAGGAUACACGGUGUUCUUGCUUUGUGCUAUUGGAUCUUUGCUCAUCGAUACUGUGGAGUUAAUCUGCAUUUUCACAAUCAUCGGUUCUGGAUAUUGGAUCAUUUUUGAUUUGGGAUACGUCGCACUUCUCCUCUUUAUCCUGAUCAAUAUACAUAACAUCUUCGAGUUGAAGGAACAACAACAGCAACCAGUAGAGGAGAUUCCGUUGACGGAGACGAUCAACACUCGAUACAGCAGCAUCGGAUUGAAUGGAAUUGGGAUUGACCGAAUGACCGAUUUCGAGAGAGCCGAGAGGAACUUGCAGAUCUGGGACGAGUUUUGCGAUGAGAUUUAUCGCCAUAUCGGAAGUACCAGAUCUCUCUGA